CUCUAUCUCGUGCUCGCUCGGGAACAGCCUCGAAAUAGGCAACCAUUUCUUCAUACGUUCCUCUUGGCUUACUCCCCCAACCCUGUUGUGCCCCAUAAUUGAUAUAUAAGACUCGAGAACACUCUUCUCACAAAUCAUCCAACUCUCAGACAACCUCCUCAUUCUUUCCAAAAAGAUGGACGACGAUGUGGUUCUUAUCGAAAACGAACCUUCAAUGCAUAUAAUCGAGUCGCCCACCAAAUCGUCCGCGUCUGCGAGAGAAAGCCAUUUGUUCAGAUCUCCUGGCUAUGCUUUUGACAAUAUUGCUUCCACUCCAUCUAGCAAGUCACCAAACCUCGUCUCGAUGAAUCCCAAUCCAUCCUCAAAGCUAGAACCAGAAUCCAGUGCUCAUCAAUGUAUUCAAAACGCCCCAGAAUCUCAGCGCUGCUGCCAUAGUCUUCCCUUGAGAUCAGAUGUGGGUGAUAGAGGCUAUCCGCCGUUCACCGUGCAUCCUGAGGUUCCUGGAAGUUUGCAUCCGGGUCUACCUUCCUGGACUAGAAAAGAAGCCAAACUGUUAGGUUCAUGGAAUGCGAAGUGCAGAGACUCCAUUCCUAUCGCUCCUCCCCCAUUUCCUCCGCCUCCUACCAAUAUGACAGUCUUACCGUUUCUGCCUCCUGCUGCCAUGGCUCCGCCGCCUCCGCCUCCGCCUCCACCACCAUCUCCUCCCACGGCACCACUACCCCCUCCUCCUCCGCCUCCCCCUCCUUCUUUCCACAUUACCGAAGCGCCCGAUCCGACCGAAUUCAUCCAAGCCCACUACUCAGGCGAGUCAUUGCUCGAUACUGGACGCAUGAUCCGCCUCAUGCCCUACAGACGCGAAGUGUUCACGGCCUAUCACCGCUGCUAUGUCGUCGAUUUCGAAGAAUACAAAUGGAUUCUCCAAGACGGAGAAACUGAGGUGUGGUACACAAAGCCGCGCCGUCGCACGCAACUCAAAGAUUUAGUCUCAAGACAGCCAUCCAUCAACUUGUGGCCAAACGCUGAUAAUACCCUCGUGCCGUUCGAGAACGGUCGUGUAUCUUGCCUCCAGAAUCCGAGAGUUUGGGCUGCCCCAUCGCUCACCACACCCACCGACGACGACAUAUACGAUUGCACGGCAGGCCAUACUGGCUCAGACGAGGAUAUGGGCGCUUGUACACAGUGCACUGACGACAAGAGCGAAGCAUUGGAUCGCACGCCUCUUUGUUACAACCUCGUCUUUGCCACUGAUUCUGGUCAGAUAGGCAUAUAUCCCUCUGAUGGAUCAAGUGGGGACAAAGUAUUCAAGUUGGUGAAGUGCGGAAGCCGUGAGGGGGCCAUCGCAGAGGCCUUCUAUAGCGCUGGUGCAAAUGGAUGGAGUCUUGUGUUCUCUUGUGUAAUGCGGGCUGGAGAGACAUUUGCAGAGAGGUGGGGUGCUAAGGUAGAGAAAGUCGAUGAACUUUGGGAACUUUCGGAGGAAGGCAAAGAGGGGGUGGUAAGGGUAUUUUAUUAAUUUGUUCCCCACUGUGUUUUGCUAUGUCAUUUCAGACUUCAAGUCUAUCAUUUAUUCUGGUGCUGUUUGGUAGCCGUUAUAGAUAGAUGCUCCUCUUCUUGUAGACCUGAAAUUGAAAUCUUCAUUCUUCUCGAUCUAAAAUGUUUCGAAUGGGACAACUGUAUCAGGAUGAAAUAUCAUUAUCUUGUGUACUUACUCGACAAUUCUUCUAGGUUUCGUAUGACCCUUGACAAUGAGUGAAAAGAACCCCGGCCCACGCGCUAGGGUAGUAUAUGCACAUGCAUGUAGAUGCAUGCAGCGAAAACACAUACUUACACGAGCAUACGUAGUACUGUCCAAUAUCUUCCAUCCACCGUUUCCAGAUGAGACCCCAUGAAAGCAUUUCAAUUGAGCAAUAUUUUCUUCUUAUCUUCAAGCGCUAUUUGGCACAUUUCAAGUACAGUAUACAAAUCCGUAAUGCCAACUUUCAAUCCGAUCACUGGCAAAUUCGCCUCACACUACACUGCAUCUCACUCUGCUAGAAUCUCGUCGUAUCAGCCCAACACACACUCAAUAUUCCCCGACAUGCAGUAGACUAAAAAUGCAUUUGCUUCACCGCGAUGGCGUAGCUGCUGUAUACGAAUCACUGCGCCGCGAAAGCAGACGCGAGCCAGUCAUGUGUAGCCACGAACAUCUCCGCUAUGUCGUGUGCUAUAUGCUGUACAAUGUUGUGGCACGUUCGGAACCAUGUUUU